AUGCAGCUUGCUUACGAUUUUUACGCCCGCGAUACAUGGCAAGAUCCUAGAGGGAGGAACACCCCUUCACACACGACAACACCGUACGUCCUCUACAAAGAUGGUGUGGAGCGAGCCCCACCAGGCACGCAGUGGGGCGGCGGAGUGCUGGACGGUGGCUACCAGCCCAUGCAGCACCAGAGCCCCGGUGGGCCCUCACCACAGCCUGAGCCCCAGCUCGCGUCGCCAGCUCCUUCCCCAUACCCACCCGCACCGCCGCCUCCAGAUCCUUCCGCGGCAGCAGAGGACGCCGCCCAGCAACUUGCACAACAGCAGGCUCAGCAACAAGCGCAACAGCAACAACAGCAACAGCAGCAGCAACAACAACAACAAACUUCUCCAGAACACAUGCAAGUGGAGCAACAACUCCAAAGUCAGCCACAACCUCAGCCUCCUACACAGGACCACUUAGACCGAACGCCAUGCUUCGUUCCGCAGCCAGAUCUGCAGCAACAAUAUACGCCGUAUUUCAAAGAAGCGAGACCAGCAAGCCACAUGCUUGGUACUGGUGGCUUCCCCUUACACUACCUGAAACAAAAUGGUGGUGUGCUAUCCCUGGAAGAUGUUUCACCACAUCUCAUCUUCAAGAAUGGAACAACUCCAACGCUUUGGCCCCAAGAUGUACCAUUCCCUGCUGACGAAAACAAAGAAGAGAUCCAGUCGACUUUCGGCGACGCAGAUGGACAGAACGGUGACCAGCGCGGUUCCUGCUUCUCACCAGGCGAUACGGCACAUGCUACGCUCCGCCGUUCCAACAGUUCCCCGGGUCAGGGGCCGAGUUCAAGCCCGCAGUGGGGCCUGGCGCGCCAGUGGCGUGUCUCCCGGCGCAGUGACCCGCGCCACCGCCGCGGUGGCACCCGGCGCCCACGCACGCGCACGCGCACCACGACCUCUACGCCGCCGACCGCCUCUACAACUGAGCACGCGGCGCCACAAGUAUACGACCGCGCUAUCUGCGCGCCACAUUACCAGUAG